AUGUUGGCGGCGGAAAACCCACUUGUGGACGGGAAUUUGGCAGCAUCGACUCCCCGCAGAAGAGUACUAAUUCCCUUUAUUUCUUUUUCAGGAAUGGAUUGUAAGACUCGUAACAAUGCCAACAAGAAACUUAUUCAAGCCCGUCUCCCGUUCAAGCGCCUGAUCUCAGAACCUAAGGAAAACCAGCCCCCUAAGCGCCCCUGUACCCACGCCUGCCCUGGACCCACAGCUUCAGAAAUCCAGGAUGAGAAUGAAACCUCUCCCCUCUCUGAGCAUGGCGGGCCACCUUUAGUUAACGGUCGAGGCCCAAUCGAUGGCUUCUUCAGUCGCAGGCGUGCAGCAACCUCGGAGGGGAAAACGGUCAUCGAUCUGACUGAAGAUGCGACAUUGUCCCCUGUAAAGUGCCCAGCUCCACCUGCUUCUUCCUGCCUCUCAUCAAAAGUCAAGCAUCAGCGUAAGGAUGAAACGGCCCCUUCAGGGAGAGCCAGUUCUGUUGAUGACGCCCCUAAAACACACACUGCUGACACUGUUUUAAUUACUGAUGAUGAAGAUGACGAAGAGGUGGAAGAAAAGGAUCAAACAUCCCUCUCACAGCUGGACACAACACAGGAUUCUGACAGUGACGACGACGAGAAGUCUGGAAAUAUUUCCAGUUUGGGGAACAAGUCCAAGCAGUCGGCCUCUUCGGUCAGCUCCAUGUCUGAGAGCUCACCAGAAAGAAUGGAGACCAGUGACCCGUCGCCCGUCACUACACCAGCCGUACGUACCAGCCCCAGCUCGCUGCUAUUGUGUGAUGCCAAUCACUCACUGAGCAAAAAGAAUGAGUCUGAGCCAAAGUCCAGCCCAAAGAUACCAGCAGACGAGAAGAAGCUCAAAAGACGUUCAUUGAAGAAUUUACAAGAAGAAGAAGAGAAGGUUCGGCUGAGACAGGAAAAGGAGCGGCAAAAGGAAGAGGCCAAAGCUGCCAAGGAGAAGAAGAAAGAGGAGUCUCGUCGUCUCAGGGAAGAGAAAGAAAGGGAAAAGCGGGAGAAAAGGGAAAAGGAUGAGCGAGAGAAACGAGAAAAAAAGGAGAAGGAAGAGAAGGAAAAGGCAGAGAAGUUAAAAGCAAAAGAGGAGCUGCGGAAAUCGAAGCUUGAGGCCAAGCUUGAGGAAAAAAGGAAGAAAGAGGAGGAGAAGAGAAUGAAGGAAGAGGAGAAACGGUUAAAAGAAGAAAAGGAUCGUCUCAAAGCAGAGAAGGCAGAAAUCACACGAUUUCUACAGAAACCUAAAAUUCAACAGGCUCCAAAGACUCUCGCAGCUGCAUGUGGAAAGUUUGCUCCUUUCGAGAUAAAGGAAAACAUGUUUCUGGCACCACUGUGCCGGGUUCAGUGUGAGGAGUCUCUCCUGGAGGACCUGGACCGGUGCUUGUUGAAUCCUCCGGAAAACCUGAAGGGAUUACAGGAUUGGAUUGGGCAAAAACCAAGGCAGUCUGGACCCACCAAGCCCAGGCUGACAGAUUCUCUCAGCGACUGUGUGACAGUGGAAGCGCCCAAACCAGAUGGAGUCCCAGACCGCAAACGCUAUGGACCAAUGAAGCUGCUGCUGUUCCACGAGAACUAUCGUCCAGCCUACUGGGGCACGUGGAGGAAAAGGAGCUCACACAUCUCCCCUCGCUGUCCUCUCAGACAAGACAAGGAUCUGCUUGACUAUGAGGUGGACAGUGAUGAAGAAUGGGAGGAGGAGGAGCCAGGAGAAUCCCUCUCUCAUAGUGAAGGGCCACUGUUAACGAAUAUGACCUCUCAGGACGGCGGCGACCUGGAGAAGCAGAAGCUUCGUCAGAAGCUCAAAGCGAGGGAGUGGGAUGAGCUGAUGUCCACCAAGAAGAAGAUGAAGGUGCUGGAGCCCGUGGUGAGGGGCUGCGUCUGGGAGGGAGACGGGCCUCACGCGGAAGCCUUCCAGCCGUACGCCGUGUGUCUGGUGGAGCCUUUACCCAAGGCGGACGCCAGCCCCACCCCAGAGGAGCUGACUCAGAGGAGUCAGAGGGAGGCACAGCUGCUGGGCCGACUUCUGCCUCUGCUGCACGGCAACCCCAACAGCAGCAAAGUCAUCAUCAGCGAAUUCCAGGAGUGUUGUCGCCGGCAGGGCGGCUCCUCCUCGCCGCCCCCGGCUCUGUCCAGCCCGCAGAGCUCUCUGGAAAACGUUCCCACCAGAAUGCAGCUGAAGCGCCUGAUCCGGAGCAACGCCGUCUACGAGAAGCGCUCCAGCCACCGGCGCUGCUGCUGGUACGUCCACGCCGAGGUCCUGUCCCGCUUUGGGCAGGACGCGCUCCCCGUGCCCUGCCAGUGGACCUACCUCACCAGGGAGGAGGCCCGAGAGGAGCCCCAGGCCGCCACGGGCUCCCAGGGCAGCUCCCCCACGGCCCCCCAGACCUCCACCACGCCGUCCUCCUCCAGCAAGAGGAGGAGCGCCGGCAGCAUGUCCAUCACCAAGUUCAUGAGGAGGUGCCCCGAUCCGGAGCGGACGGACGGCUUCCAGGCCGACACAGAGGAGGAUUAUGAGGACGACUGCGUCAUCAUCUCAACCCAGACAGGUGAGCUGCAGAAGCCUCGGCUCCACAAGCAUUGA